CAAGAUGGUGGCAAGGUUUGCAAGUCGAUCUGUGAUGCUAUUAGUUUUUGAUAGAAAUUUCGUUUCAAUUUAAGUUCAUUGCGUUACUCAGUUAUGUUGAAAAGACAGUGUUUAAGCUUUAAAUUAGUUUUUGUCUAACGCCGGAUUUCUAAGAGGACGGGAGGUCGAACUAACACAUCCAGAAUUUAAACCCCGCCCACCUUCAACAAAAAGCAUCAAAAUGAGUUACGAAGUUACGAGCGAAAUGAGCCUGAUCGACUCGGGCCAGAGCGACAGCAACGAUCUGAUGAGCAUGGGUCAGUUCAACAUGACCCAGCCGCUGGAGGAUAUGAAGCUGGACCAGAACAUGUUCUGGCUAUUAGCGUCGCUGUUGUCCUCCAUCAUCUGGGUGGUUUACAUCACAUUCUAUAACGCGCGCCUGUUCGGCUGCAUUAUCACGAAGCUGGCCAACCGUUUGUACGUGCGUGGUGCCUACUUUAAAAUCGGCUCGCUCAACGUGAACCCCCUGGCCGGGAAGAUCAUGUUUCGUGACGUCGUGUACGUGUGCUUCGACUACACCGUUCGGGUACAGGACGGGUACUUCAUCUUCCGCUGGUGGCGCUCGUACGUCCCGAAGGAUGUCUCCGAGGAUUUAUCGCACUCGGACACGCGACUCUCGGUGAUGCUGAACGGGUUCGAGGUGCACAUCUACAACCGGUCGGAUCUCUACGCGAAGCUAGAGAAAACAUUCGGACUGAAACCGGCGGUGCUCGUUCCGACCGAAGACAUGAGCGCGGAAGAGAUCGCAAAGUUCAAGGAACAGAUGAUGAACGACGAGAACGCCCAGCGGCAUAAUGCAGAGCCCCCGGCAAAAGUGAAAAAGCCCCGCCCGGAGGCGAUGACGGCCACCACCUGGCGGGAUUUGAUUCCGGUGAUCAAGAUCGAUAUCUGCUCGGGACGGUUUGCUUUCGGCAAUCGGCUCACCCCGACGACGCUUUCAAUCUGCGUGGAAGAAGCGCACUGCGUGUACAGCACCAAACCGGCCGUCUCGAAGCUGGACCACUUUAUGCACUUUGUGAAGGCGAAGGUCGAAAAUGCGAAGGUUCUGCUUGCACCAUCCCCAAAGUUCACCGGAAUGGUCGAUGAGCCACCGCGCUACAUGGGCGAAGGGUUUGUGGUGAUGAUGUCCAACCUGAUGGAGCUGUACUUCUACAUGGACGAAGCGGGUGUGGUGCCUGAGGAACCGGUCACACUAACGCUAGCCAACGGUGAUGUCGUCGAAGCAGCACCACCCGUUUGGGGCAUUGACAUUAAGUGUGGUAAAGGUACGGACUUUAGCUACGGUCCGUGGGCUGAUCGGCAGCGUGAUCAUUUGUUCCGGUUCUUCUUUCCACCCGACUAUCAACCGAUGCCGGUUACCAAACCCCCGAAGCCGGGCGAUCGGCGUGAGGUGCGUUCGUUCGACAUUAGCCUAUGUACGCUGAACGAAGCCACAAUCGAUGUGCUUUUUUCCAAGAACAAAGAAACAAACGCGGUGCAUGUGAACAUAGGGGCGGGUUCUUACCUGGAGGUGACGCUGCCGUGGAUCAUUCUACAGGACGGUAUUGCGACGAAAGUGACCGGACAGCUGUUACAUGUGGAGGCGACGACCAGCUUGCAGUAUCGCAGUCUGGCAGAGUGCGAAACGCUACAGUUUAACGUCAAAGUACACUAUCCCUUAAAAUGGAACGACCAUCAAGAGUGGACUAUCAACCUGACCGGCAGCAAAGCGACGGCUUGCAUCGUGUUCUCCCAUAAGGAGUUUUUCCAGGAUCUAAUCGAAGACUGGGCCUCGAAGGCACGGCCGGACAUUCUUAGCUUUGUACCGUACACAUGGAAAUUCGGUGUCAUUCUAAAGGAAUUUGAAAUCAUAACGCUUAGCAAUGAAUUCAAUUGGAUCGACUGCUCGAGCACCAACCAGGAGAAUCACCAUCUCGCCUUCUGUGGCGAUCUGUUCGAUCUCAGCUUCUCGCUGCCGUUUGACGAUUUUCUGCCGCUCAAGCUCCCGAUCGUGUUCUGGAUACACGGCGAGGGUCUGGACUUGAGCAUGUACAUUCCGGAGAUCUCGAGCAGCCGGCCGAUACUGCUGGCGCUGGAUGAGAAUGCGCGCAUUCUGACCCGAGAUGGCAGCGUCAAGAAGCGCUCCGAGUUGAUCAACAAAAAGUGGCGCAGGGUGUGCCAGCGGUCGACCGGAUGGAUCGACUGCUGGACCGUGCCGAUAGUGGCACUGUCGAUAAAGUACAUCUACCAUCCGAUGCCACCGCUUGGGCCGGAUCCACAGGCGGACAUAACGACGCCGGAAAAGGAGGAAAUCUUGCUCAGUCCCAUGCGCAUCCCAAAGCUACGCAAAUCGCCUGCGAUCGCGUGGACAACGGUCGGGGAGGGUGGUGCGCCACGGUUCGAUCCGACCACGCUGCCGCCGGAUCAGGUGUCGGUGGAACUGGAAAUCGGCUCAUCGGUGAUGCUUGCGUACGGGGCGAUCCUGCGCAAUUUCAUUCACCUGAAGGAGAACAUCUUCGGCGAAGAUCAGUCGUUUACGGAUAUGGAAAAUUCGAACAGUAAAAACGGCACUCGCAGUACCGGUCCACUGGCCGGUGGUGGAGGACAUGGGAAAACAUCGUCGAAGGAUGACCCGGCGAAGUCGCUAUCCGAGACUAGCCUCAAUCCGGAUGAAAAGCCGAAACGUUUUGAUCCCCGGCUCUAUCGUCCGCUGGAGGUGAUCGUAAGCGUUACGAUUCAUGAUCUACAGGCACAUGUAAUGAAAAAUUGUAACGAAAACGAUCCUCCCUGCCCGAUCGUACUGAUCGAGCGGCUUGGGUUCGAAAUGAAGAAGCGAUUCCACGAAACGGAGCUGCAGGUGCUCGUGAGUCCCUCGUUUCUCAUAUCCUCGGACAACACGAUGCGCCCGUCGAAGGAUAAACAUCUACGCCAGGGACACCUGCUGCUUUCGGCGGUUCAGGUCCGUGGGCACGCCAUGUUCAGUAACGAGGGUCGCCAGCUGGAGGACGAAACGCUCGAGUACGCCUGGUUGCUCGAGGUCCAGCUAGGGAAACUUUCCGGCAAGAUGACACUCUCACAGCUGUGUAACGUUGUGACGGGACUGGAGACGCUCGCCUUCCUCACGAUGGACUCGGAGAACGAGCUAAAGUCGCCGAAAACGAUUCGCUAUUGUCACCAUGGCGUUCCGUCGAGCACCUGUCCGCAUACGAAGGAGGAUGCAAAGUAUCGAUGCCCAUCGACGGAGGACAUCAAGUAUCGGAUGACGCGUGUCGCCGUGGACGCGGUCGAUCUCUACCUGAUCGAAAAUGGAACCGCCAUGCAUACGUGGAUAUCGCCGAUUCGGCUGGCCACCUGUAAUCUGCACGGCCAGCAGGUGAAAUCGGGCAUCACCGGGCUAGUACCAACGAUUCUACUGCGCCAGUUCGUAUCCACCGGGGGCCACUUUAGCCAGUACAGUAGUGGUAAUUCGCACAGCAACACCAACACCACCGGGAGCAGCCGAUCGGCCAAGUUGCAUCAUCAAAACUCAACCAAACAUGCGCCAGGACCCCCGGAGGACAGCUAUCGUAAAUCGUCCGACGAGACGGGCCACAUUUAUCGCCGCACGAUGGAGGAGAACGGGCCGAUGGUGUCGUCCACCGGGUCCGGUUCGUCGGUUGGCAUGAUGCUGAAAUCAUCCGGCCGGCGGGAGAAUGUUGUGGUCGAACCACCGUAUCCACCGCACCGAAAGGAUUCGAAGGAACACACGAAAGAUGAUCCAUACGGGUCGAUCUCGUCGAGCAAGAAGGGACGCGACGGUCGAGACGACCCGUCCGUCCACUAUCGACGCGACAAGGAGGAUCCGUAUGCUUCGCUUCACUCGACUCGCAACAGUGGACGCGACAUCGAUUCCAACGAACCGUGGCUUGAAGUUGGUUGUGUGUCGCUUGGUCCGAUCAUUAUCGAAGCUGCAUCUGCCUUGCCAAUACCAGAGCACUGUUUGCAUCUCGUGCAGCACAGCUACUUGAAGGUUCACGACGAAAGGAAUAAAAAGCUUUGGUUCCUGUGGUCGGCCAGCAGCGACCCGGUGCGUUGCGGUUGCGUCGGUGGCUGCGCCUUCUUCGGUAGCAACCGCAAUGGUCCACGUUUCUUCAAACCGUGCGCCCAGGACAUACAGGAGUUUAUCAACAUCGCGCGUUACCAUAUCCAUUCGAACCCGCGCGAGUACGGCUUCGGCCAGAGUCUGCUGCACGAGGGUCAGUUGGUGUUCCACACGCCACCGUACAGCCUUCAGCCAGUGUCGCUACAGGAGUGCUACGAGUACAUCGGGAAACCAAGUCUGCAUCGUGCCGGCCACCGCCAUCCACCGGCUCACGGUGGUGGAAUUCCGUCGGCCUGCUGUGGUACGUUGGACAGCAGCAAAUCGCCACAUCUGCCCCAGAAACACGAUGCAACGCUGUCCCAGAAGGCUACAUCGGCCGAGAUUUCACCGAAUAGUACAUUGAUUCGUGGUGGGAGUGGCACCGGAACGGGUGAACGUUCGGGCAAAUCGUCGCUCGAGCGGGUCAAGGAGAAAGAUUCCGGUUCACCGCACGGUUCGGAUCGUGCGCGAGGAAGACGCUUUUCGUACACCAGCGGAAGACAAAACACAAUAUCCCACGAUGUCCCGUACUGUCGGCUGCUCGAUGCUAGUCCUAAAACGACCACUAACAGCUCGAAGGUAUCAACACCGACCCCGGGCCGGCUGGACUCCUCCGAAUCGCGGCUGCUAACGGCGAAAGGAUUCAAGGUGCAGAAAGCUCCCAACACUUCCGCCUCGGACUCUCGACUGAUGCACUACUCGGACUACUUGCAGGGUGAACUGGACAGCCUGCCGGCUGUCGGUUACGACGAACACCAUCAGCAUCCUUCGCAGUCGUCGUCGUCGUACCUGCCGCAUCAGUAUCAUCAGCAUCAGCACUACUCGGCCGCACAUCAUGCGUCGCAGUACCAGCAUCAGCCGGCCUCGCACCAGCACCAGAUGGUGAUGGAAAUGUCUCACUCGGCACCGUCUCCCGGUCAUCCUUUGGCGUCGGAUUCGGAGCAAUCGCUUGGUGGUAUCCUACCACUGUCCGGUCUACGACCACUACCCUCGGACGAUGUGAUCAUGCGUGAUGUUCAACGGACGGUGUCGCUGACGUCCGAGAACCCAUCGGAAGCGUUCUUCUCGGCCGAUGAAGAUUUGCACGCAUCCCGCAGCUCGAGCCUGAAGGCGGCCGGUGGUGUCAGCGGCAUGGACCAUCACCAUCAUCCACAUGCGGCGGCCAUCCCCAAGAAACGGUUCGCCUCUGACUUGAGCAUCGUCGGGCCGAACGAACUGGAGGGACGACUGUCGACGCACCGGAGCGACUACGAGAUCCACACACCCGAGCAUCGGAGCCUCCCGAUGCGACCACAGUCGACCGCAGAAUUGAACGAAGAGGAACGACGGCUCCACGGUCUAGCGACCCCGCUGCGUAAGUUUAGCAACAUUUCACCACGGCCCGAGUUCCGCCACUUUAAGCCAGUCUACGAUGUUGACCCGCAGGAUUCGUCCGAAUCGCAUUCGCUGUCGUCGAGCUCGUUCAUUUCGGCACUCUCCUCGCAGGAGGACAUCACGCUCGUCAACCUGCACAUGCAGAUCAACCGGCCGAUCGUUGACUCGCCCCUACUGAUGGCAAGUUACGUGACGCACCUGGCGCAGGUGCGGUGCUCCAACUGGUCCCACUGCUCGAUGCCGCUCGGUGCGGAUGCGUUCUCCAUGCCGCUUUUUCAGCAGAACGAAGACGGCGGUCUGGUGUACAUUGGCGGGAAACUGAUACCGCACUUCGAUACCUACUCCAACUGGCGCGAGGUGAAGAUCGUUUCACGCUACGAUGGUCCCUCGGCUGGUGGCGGUGUGUCCGGCGGGGGUGCGUCCAGCUCAUCGACGGGAGGCUUUUCUACGCUCCCCAAGCCGCACCCCUGGGACCCGAGUGUGCUUGUGCGCAGCAGCUUCGAUAAGCAAGGAGCGGAAGGCAAGGAGGGUGAGAACGAAUUUCUCAGUUCGCAGGGCGAAAUAGCGACGCGCAAUUCGAUUGUGGUGCGCUUCAAAGGACAGGUCGACGUGAUGUUGACACCGUUGCUACUCGAAGGACUACAAAGAAUGAUCGAAUCGUUAACACCGACGCUUUCCACGCUGCAUCCAUUGACGGUGGUCAACGAUAUCCAUGCGUCGUGUGUACGAAAGGUCGAAGCGGUCAACAUCUUGAAGCGGGAUCAAUCCCUCAGCUACUGGUCGCAGGUGCACUCAAACUCGAAGCGUUCCACGGCGGAGCGGAACCUACAAGGGCCCGGUGGCCCCGUGCUGACCGACGUGUACGAGGAAAGCAUCUCGACCCAGGUGCAGGGGUUGAUCGUGCUGCCAAAGAUCAACGUCACGCUCAUCCAGAGCUCGGUGGUGGAGGAGGUGAUUUCGUUCGCCGCCCUGGACAACGUUCAGGAGCUCAGCUGCGCGUCGCUGCUCGCCGUCUGCUUCGAGGGCGUUUCGACGCGGUUCCACCUGGGCAAAACCACCAAGGCAUCGAUGCACACAGUUUACACGCAGCCCACGGUGCGCUCGGGGGGUUUGAAGAAGAGCGGUCUGAUACGGGGCACGCGUGCCCUGCUGGCGCAUCUAUCCUCGCAAACCCGACCAGAUAACAUUCCCGGCGAACCGAUUCUGUUGGAAACAUCCGAGAAGCAGCUGGAGGAACUGAUCAUAACGCUCGACAUCGGAAAGGCACACGCGCAGCUACGACGGCUGAAGAACGAAGCGGCCAAUCUGACUGACUCGCAAAUCGUCAUCACGGCCAUUCCGGCGCAUCGUAGUCGCGCGAUGUUUGAUUGCGCACGCGUUCCGGAAGAGCCGUCUACGGUGGUGCCCGGAGAGGUUGGUUCUGGAGGCAGUUCUUCCGGCGGACUCGGUUACAUUAUGUUCGAAGGUGGUCUGGAAGGUGUGAGCGUAAAAAUAGUGAAGCGAUCGCAGUUCGAAAAGUCGGAAAACGCCGAAGAAACGCUGAAACCCGAGGCGGACAAUGUGUUGCCGGCGUCGACCACGGUUCACUCGGAGGCGAACCAAAAUAGCGUCACGCUGAACAACCCACUCAACCUAGUUACGUUGCUCAACGAAGCGGGUGGUAAUAUGGCCGCGGAAGCGUUGGCUAAGUUCGGUAUGAAAAAACCCGGUACACCGAAGGCCGGUAGCAGUGGCACGAAGGAUCGGUCGUCCCUGUUCGACAUCAAGUCGAAGGAAAAGACAUCGUCUAUCACUACAACCACGGUUACGACCACGGUGGCGACGUCGACUACCACAACGAUCCUGGGCGACGGUGGGAAGUCAUUUAAAUCGAUCAUCGUACCGGAUGAGGUAGAUCCGGCAUCGGUUCGAGCGUCGCUGGUCAAUGAUUCACCGCUACCGCCGGGAACUGGGCAGCCCUCGGGUCAACCACAAGGUUCGGGACCAUCCAGUGUACCGGGACAAUCCGCCUCUAGCCAACAACAGCCUUCGGCAGCUGGUGGUAGUUCUGGAAGCGAUGCAACACGAGUCGGUGGAAGCGCCAACACAACUGGUACGGUUGCACCUUGCACGAACGACAACGGGAAGACCUCUUCUUGUGUGAUCGAUUUCAAGACGGUGUGGUUCAACUUUGCUGCCCCACCGAGGACACCAAUAACGCGCAAGAUCGACUACACUCGACUGGACUGGAACCUGCUAAGCACCGCAUCACCGGCCAUUACCGCGUGGAUGAACCCAAGCAAUCGGUUUGCGAUCAAAAUCGUAGCCCUCAUGAAGGCGAUGUACAUCCGGCGGACAGCCGUCACGGUGGCACUGAUGGCAGACGCUUGGGAACGACCGUCCCUGCACCGGCCGAUCAAGAGCCGAUACGGUGGGAAGUUUACCCCGCUUGCCAAAACGCUUCAGGAGGACCCAAGUUGUCAACUAUGCACGGUUCUUCAGAAGUACGUCCUGGACGAGACGGCCGCCAAAAUCGAAAACAUUCUAAAGCAGCAGUAUCUACCACAGCUAAGCACGAUGAGACAGGCCGUAAUCGUAUUGAGUCGUCAGUGGAAAAAUGUACUCUACAAUCCGAUGCUGUUCGAGCACCAGUACAAGGGAAAGCUAGCGAAACCGGUCAACGUGACGUUCGCGUUGCCACAGGACGAGGACGCCGAGGAUACGGAUGACAUCGACACGGAUAAUUAUCCGGCCGGAAUCGUCGAAAAUCACCCGCUGCUUGGGGAAGAAAACGAGCACACGAUGCUGCUAGGGCAGUGCAUCCAAACGCAGCAGCAACAGCAACAGUCGGCCUCGUCGGCCGCCACCGGAACCAGUCAUCACCAGCAACAGCAUCAUGUAAUCAAAGUGCCCAGCGAACCACCGGUACCGUCCGCGGCGUCGGCGGUGCACAUGGCCACCACCGGCCACCGGCUGGGCGAUUCCCUUAAUACCUCCCCCAGUACCACUAACAACUCGCACCGCAAGCUGCGGAAGAAAUCGUCGGUAAAAAGUUUCAUUCCACCGGCAGCGCCGCCAUCGCGUGCAAGCAUACAGAUGUUCCCGAUCAUCUUCGACAAGCAGCAUCAGCCGCACCACCAGCACCACGACCCGGUCGGCGUGGAGUAUGGCGAACUGCGCGAGGGCUCGGUACCGUCCGUGUGCAGCUCGUCCGACUCGAUGGACAAACCCUGGACGCCCCCGGCGAACCACAAGGAGGAUCUGUACUCUUGGAUGGCGAAGCAGCAGAGCGAAAGCACCAAGCAGCGGGAGAAGGAAAAGACUACCCAGAGCAGUCGCCCAACGUCGAGAAACCGUCCGGCAAUUCAUUCGGUGAAGUACAUGCAGGAUAACAAUCGCAUUCUUGAUGCGCACCUCAUUUUUGAGCCGAUGCUCACCUGCCUCGGAGUGAUGCCUCAGCAGAUGAUCAACAACGUCUCGAGCAAGGAUGUGUCGUCGCUGGAGAGCCUUGGCACGAACCUUUCGCUGGUGUGUUCGUUCGACACCAUCCGGAUCGAUAUCGUGGUAAGCGAGGCGGGAGAUGGCAAAAAGCCCAGCAAGCAAAAAGACCCCAAGAAGCGGGGCAACGGAAAGUUUACGAUCAUCAUGCCGGGCGAGCAGCCGGCGUUCCUCUGCGAGCAGGUCGGCGUCGAGUUGGAGGUGCUAAAAAUGACCGACGGGUUCCCGGACGAAACGAAGCCGGCGAUGUUGUACGUGUCGCGCGGCCAGCUGAAAAAGCACACCAGCACGGUGAUCAACUUCAGUCUGAACGUGCGCUACAUCUCGCAGCAGGUCAACAUGCCGCUCCUGCGGCUUCUGCAUCAGAUUACGAACAUGUACCAGAACGUGAAGGAUGCACAGAACGAGCUGCGGGACCAUCCGGACCACGGUGGGAAGCGCAGUGCACCGCUGAAGGACGAAUCGAGUCUGGCAUCGGAAAUCAACGAUCCAACGCUGAUGGGCUCGCUGAACGAACCGCUGAUGGCGCACAUCGAAACUUCCGGCAUCUUCGAUUACACCGACGAGCGAUACGAUAAGUUCAACGAAGACAUCUCCACCAUGCGCCACGAGCUCCGUCACUCGAUCAGCAGGAGCAAGAUGCCGACGCUUGGGCCACUCAUUCCACUGACUCCGUCCCCGAACUCGCGCAAUCGGCCGCAUAGUUUCGCGCAGAAGCUUCGCAGCACCGGCAAAUCCGUGAAGGGCAAGCUGGGUUACACGAAUCUGAACGAAACGAUCAACACGCCGAUCAAGACGAGCCCAACGGGGCUGGCGUUUGCUGAUGCGCAGUCGAAGCAGUCACUCGAAGCGAAGAACUCGCUUACCGGGGGCCUCUCGAGUACUUUUGGAGACUACACUGCACCAUUCGACCGAUCAACAUUUACCGGACCGAUUCAUAGUAUAUUGGAUACACCCAAGUGUUGGAAAACGGUUUACCAUCUACUGGAUCUCUAUUCGGCCAUGCCGGAGACGAAAACCAUCGCCCACCGCGUCUCAAUUUCACCGGAUGCAGUGGAACAGAUCAAGGCAAGGAAGUACAAUUUACUUCACGACAGUAAAACCAUGCGAGAUGAAGACGAUUUGAUCGGUCACGGUGGAGGAUCGGCUAACGGCGGGGGCACCGUGAAGGAUGUUGGUAUUGUGACACCGGAACGCACCCGAUUGGUGGUGUUCGGUGUGGCCAAGAUACACCGUACCCGGUUGCUGGCGACGCUGAGCGGGUUGAAACUGGAGGCGGAAAUCACCGCACUGCACAGCAGCACGACGUGGCGGAAGAAGUCACGGCCUGCGUCACUCGAGUGCUCCCUAACGGGGCAAGUUGGUCGAGCGAUGAUCGUGCUUCUUGAAGGUGUUCAACCGAAUCAGCAAACGGUAGUGAAAGUGUCUAUCGGUAAAAGCCAAACGCUCUACUCGAGUAUCACGCGCCGUGGUAAAGAUAAAAACAAUGGACUUCUGUCGAUUGGAAUCGUUAACGUUGAUAUACCGCAGCAUCCGGUCGCGUUGCACGGCAUGAUGACGCGCAGUUCGAAGCAGAUCUCGUCGACGCUGCAGGAGCUACGAGUAACGCGCACCUCGUCCCGGCUUACGCGCCAAAACGAAGAACCGGAAUCGCCGCUCCAUCAUCAUCACCACCACAAUCAACGCGAUUCGCGCGAUAAAGCCGGACCGUCGUCAUCGGCGGGCAGCCAUCGGAAGCACAGUACGGCCACCGUACGCACCAUGACCGGUGCGACGGCGAACAACGGUGCCGGAAACAAUCCGAGCGGUCUGCUACAACCGCUCGUGAUGCAGUUCAAUAUUAUUCUCCAAAGUUUGUCUAUCAGUGCGGCGUUGCUACCGUCGUUGCAGGCGCAGUACAAAAUGGACCACGUCACGUCGACCGGGGUGACCGGGAGUAAGGCCAAGUUCACCAUCGACCUGCCGAACCAUUCGCUCAGCUUUACGACGAAAAUUCAAACCACCGAAACGAAUCUUCCGUCGGAGGCAUGCAUAGCGCUUCCACCGGUGCACGUUAGCGCCGAGUACAUCCCCGAGAGCACCUCCGAGGAGGUGCCGAUCGAUGGGGUCGUGCUGCGCCAGGGCGGAUACCUGUCAGCGUCGGCCGAGAUUGGUGUGUUUGAGCGUUGCCUCACGACGGAUCUGCUGAACCAUUUGGUGUUCGUGCAGAAGGUGUUCAUGAAAGAGGUGAACGAGGUGGUGCAGAAGGUGUACGGCGGAGAGAAACCUGUCCCACUGUGGCUGGAGGAGUCGGAGGAAAACGGAUCGACCAUUAAGCGUAUUUUGUUCUCGUUGAAUAUUCGUGUGAAGCGCAUACAGUUGACGGCAACAACGCCCUGUUCGUCGGCCGUGCGCUUUGAGACGGGUCUGCUAGAGCUGCAUCUGUCGAAUCGCGUGAAAAACAUCGCCGACGUGUCCAACACCAAGCUGUUCGGCAAGGCGCAGAUCGAUCUGAACCUUUCGCUGGGGCAGAUUAUCAAGAAUGUUAUCUUUGACGAAGCCGAACCGGAGUUUCAGCAGCACGCGUUCUUUAACACCACCAUCGGGCUGCGGAACGCAUUCCAAAACGAAAUGCUCAACGACGAUAAGGAACUGGUUCUCAUCACACUAAAGCGGCCGCUAAUCUACGUGCAACCCAUCGCCGUCGACAAGGCCAUCCUGGUGUGGCUCAACUACAAGAAUGCCUACGAGUACUGGACGGAAAAGCGGGCCAAUCUGAACAAGGAGGUACUGAUGGCCACACAGCAAGUGCUGGAAAAGGUCCCCUUCGGCCAGAUCAGCCAUCAUCUGGCUACGUCGGCCAAUCUGUCCACGCUCUUCCUGCAGCUGACGGUCGAAGAUAUGGGGAUCUGCCUGCCGCUCAAUCAACCCCCGCAGAUCUGGGGCAACCGUUCAGUGCAGGACUUUGAGCAGAAAGGCGCCGUAGUGAUAACGCUCGAAAAUACCAUCAUUUCCGCGUGCAGCUCCGGUUCGCUCGUGUCGAACGGUCGCUUCGUGGGACUGUGCCUACGGUUCGCCGAAGAUUUCGAUUCCUCGUUGGACGAGUGGAAGCCGAACAUGGGCGACGCCAGCAUCAUGAACCUUUGCGUGGUGUCCGAGGGUACGUACGAGGUUUGCUCGCGCACGAUCGCUGCCAAACAUCCGGACAACGCUAAGUGGUUCCUCAACGUCAAGUGGCAGAUGGAGGGCGUCGAUAUCCAUCUGGACGUAAACAUCGGCAAGCAGCUGUCGGCCUUGGGGCAUACGCUCACGAUGCUUACCGGGUCGGAAGACGAUGAGCCUAUAUCGUCCGACACGCCAGAUAGUGACGACAUCGAUGCCGGUGGGCCGCAGACGGCCGGCAAGGACGCCAAGUCGCGCAAAUCGGUAGACUCGCUGCCAUCAUUCCUGUUUGAUACGACGCUGGAUCCGAAGAAACGAUCGCUGCUGAUGGAAAACGAAAUCAACGAGCAGACGAAGAUAGUGAACGACUUCCGGACGCUCGGUGCGUCGGUGAAAACGAUCGAGAACGAAGAGCGACGCCUACAGGAGUUGCAAGCUGUGUACUACAAAUACUUCCGGCGCGAUAUGAUACAGAAAUGGAAACGCCCCGCGAUGCGUAAACCGAUGCUAAAGGCCGCCAAUCGUUCCCGUUCCUUUGUUGCGCCAUCGCCCACCCGGGAAGAUCUUAUCGAUGCCGGCUGCAUCGAUGGAAUUGGUGGUCCCGGAGGAACGGGUGUGAUCAGUGCUGGUGGCGCCGGAACUAGUAGUAGCGUUAUGGAUCCGUUCACCGGAAGCGACGAUAUGAGUAGCCUGCAGGAAUCGCCCAGUUCUGGGCCUUCGCGGACAGCGUCCCUCAGGGUGAAGAUUCCUCCCAACUCGUCCCGUGUAACGUUCAGUGAAACGAUGCGCCAAUCGUCGCUCCCCAGUGCCGAUUCGGACGUGGCGGCGUAUUCAGACUCCGGGCUCGAUUGGCCUCGGUACGACUCGAGCUCGGCCACCUCGGACGUGCCGCAUCUGCUCGAGAUCGAUGGUGAGCAGGUGGAACUGCGCAAGAAAAGCCCGAGCCACCCGCAGAAGCAGCAGGAACCGAACAUUGACUUCGAGCUCGACAUCAAGGUGCUGGUGAACUCGGGCAAGUGUGUCCUGCACACCAAGGACAUUCACGACGAGCGGCUGUCUUCCACGACGAACGCGACGACGACCACAUCGACGACUGCAUCGACGACGGGUGUCGGUGGGAACAGUAACACUUCGGCAUCGGGGGUCGGAAAGCACCACAAGCGGGAACGUUCGACCGGCGGUGCGACGGAUUGGGGCAGCCCGAUUCCACCGCGUCGGAAUAAGGACAAGUCCCGGCUGAAGUACAACACUGCGCCGUAUACCGCCCUGGUCGAUCUGACGAUAUUCCACAUUCCUGGGCUGGACGUGAAGCUCCAGUAUCAAUCGAAAACGCUCGGCGGAGAUGACGCUUCGCCGCGGUUAAGCACGAACGAUCCAUUUGGUGUGUCGCGCAAGUUAGCCUCCAAACGCGCCACGCUGUUCGCGUGGAUGACUCUGCAGAGCAUUCCGGAGGAAACGAUCAUAUCGCCGCACAUCCUGGAGUUCCUGGAGCAAACGCUCGAACCGAUCCCUUCGUCGAAGAUUAGUGGAGGCGUUGCGGGGUUGAGCAGCAGUAGCUGUGGCGCAGGUGGUGGUGGUGGUGGUGGAAGUGGCGGAUCCGGACCAGGAGCAGUCCCCGGUGGGGCCUCCUCUAACCCGGUGAACCUGCAGAUGCUGGAACACAACUAUGCAGCCGUUUACGCCAGCUUCCCGGUGGACGUGGUCGUGUACUUCCACAUGCAGCCCUCCACCUUCCGCUUCUCCUGCCUGCCGGUGUCUCGAGUGGAGUGCAUGCUCCAGCUGCCGAGUCUUGACAUCAUCUUCAGCUCGAACCGGCAGGAUGGCGAUGAUACGGCCAGUCAUCCGAGCGAUGCGACGAACCCGACGAGCGCCGCGGGUGGUGAAGGAAAGGUAGCGGGUGGCUUAAGCGUCACCGGUUGCCUCGCCGACUUCAACGUGUACAUCUUCCAUCCGUACGGGGGCAAGAAAAGCAACCUGAAGGAGGCGCACCAAUUUUCCCCGCUGGCCGACAGUGAGCGUAAGGACUCGCUCAGCAUCAACGUGGAGUUUGUAAAGUUCCACAUAACGCGCUCGAAGAAGAUCAACAUCAUCGAGACGGCGGGCAUCUCGCGGAAACACUCCGACCAGUCGUCGAAGGCGACGAUACGCUUCUCGACCAUCGUGGACAUUGGUUCGGCAUCGUUCAAGUACGAUAUGCGCCGGCUUACGGAGAUACUCGCCUUUCCGAAGGCUUGGUACAGGCGUAGUAUCGUACGGCGGAUGUUCCUCGGUGAUUUGGGCAUGCAGCAGACCAGCAUGUGUGACCUGGAAGUGCCCAUACCGGAAGGAACCGGCACGACGGACGGUGUUGGCAGUGUUGGUGGAGACUCUGACAAUGUUGGCUUAGGUCUGGGGCUGGGCAAAGGGGAAACGAUGAGUCGCGAUCGACUGCGGUUGAGUUUGGAAAGCGAUCUUCACAAGCACCAUCUCGGAGGGCUGGGUACGAAUGGCGGAAGUGGCGCCAGCAGUGCAUCUUCGACGGCCCGCAUUAAGGAUCAGAAGUCGUCCAGCCUGGACUCGACGUCGUCUCCAUCCGAUGUGAAUCAGGUGACGUCGUGGGAGACGCUGGUGCUGUUCGCGAUCAACUUUACCAAGCUGAACGUGCAGAUGAACAUGGGCAACGUGAUGGGGAACAUCGUGUGGUUGACUAAGGCUUUCCGUAGCGAUGGACGGCUGAGCAUCGGGAGCACGGGCCACAAGAACAUGUACAUCGGGGUCGGCCUCGGUGGUUCAUCGCUCGACGCGAAGGGAGGAAUCGUGGGAGGCACCAUCGAUUUGAAUCGCAUCGAUACAUACAUACACAUUCGGGAGGAUCCCGGCUCGGAGCCCGACCACAAGGUGGGCAUCAAGCUGAACGCCCUCGAGCUCAAGUUCGACUACAUGGGCACGAGCGUUCUGAUGACGCGGGUUAGUUCGCUAAACGCGCAGCUACGUGACGAGUGGAAGUUCUCCAAGGAUCACGACUUCAGCAACAAACUCCCCACGAACUAUCCAGCGAUCAUUCUCAUCCACGGCGAUCUCUCCUGGGACCAGCUGCAGAUGAUGAUCUCCAAGUCGACCACCGCGGACAUACUGAAGAUGUUCUACAAGCUGGAGGAGUUCUUCUCGCAGCAGUUCAAAUCGUCGAAGCGAGUCUUCUCCAGUCUCGAACCACGGCUGGCCAACCCUUCGCUGCGGGCGAGUGUGCGCAGGCGGGAGGAGAAGAAGGCAGCGUUUGGUGCGGAGUCAGCGUCGGCCUCGAUCCAUGAUGCCCGGCACCACCGCCACUGGCAGCGGCCGCUCAAGCAAACCAAGGGACUGUGGCUGUCGACGCUGGGCGUGCCGCUGUCCAACAUCGGUACCGUGCUCGGCGGCACGAUGGAGCUACACGGACAGAACAUCUCGCUCGCCUGUUUCCACGGUAUCAACUUCAAGGCGAAGUCCUGGGCACUGUUUAGCCUGAAGGAACCGUGCAUCGACUUUGCCACCGAGGCGCAGCACGUCGAGUCGACCGAGGAGGUGCACAUCAUCCAGACGCUCACGUUCGGACUUGGCAUGAACAGCCAGGCGCCACCGCAACACCACUCGAACGCGACCGUCGUCCGGAUGUCGCGGAAUGUGAUCUUUCCGCCGCAAUUCAAGACUCUGCACGAGUGGUUCCACUAUGCGUUUGCCAACAGCGAAAUCGAUGCAGUGGACCGAUUUCCGGUGAUCGAACGCGACAAAGAACACAAUACAAACUCGAUCGAACGUGCGCGCGGCUCGGGACCGGGCUCGACGUCCCAUCCGAAACUGCAGGAUCCUAACCACAAUCGGGAGGUGAUAUUCGCCCUGCCAACCCUCCAGCUGCACUUCAAAACGGAACACCUGCAGGGCAUUUCAACGCCGGAUACUUCACAAGAUAAACCAAUGGUGGAGUGCAGUUUCAUAACAGCGUUCGAGGAUCAUAUCUUCGUGACGGUGGAUGCGGAUGCCUUUUUCUUCUUGCAUGAUCUCAUUACGUCCUACCUUAGCGAGAAGGAAAAAGUGCUUGGCACGAUCACCAACAAUCGGUCGUCGUCGCCGAAUCCCGCCACAGUCACGCCACCCCCACCGUCCGCGGGCAGUUCGGCCGGGCUUUCGGUCGGGCUUAAAACGGCCCAUGCGCAGCUCAAGAGCAGCACGAGCAAUCUGAUGGGACCGGCACCAUCGAUGUCGUCACUUGGCACGCAAGAUUCGACCUCCAGUCAAUCGAUUGCCAUCGGUGCCGGUGGCAGUGCGGUUGAUUUGAACGAACUGGGCAGUAGUACGACACUCAAUAAUGGCGGCACCGGUGUUGGUCCUACCACCACCUCUACCACUCCGGGGCUGAUGGCGAAAGGUGGUAGUGCCGUCGGUACAGCCACGGGUGUUCCAUCGACCACGACCGGAAGCAGUGGAGCAGGAUCCGGGGGGAAACACGUCAACAUUGUGGUGGAAAAGACUGAUCUCGAGUCGUUCAUGCGCACCGACUGGAGGCAUUUCAACUGCAAGACGUGGCAUCUGGAACCAACCGUGCGACUCCUCUCAUGGGCGGGCAAAUCGAUCGAACCGUACGGUAUCGAUUACAUCCUAAACAAGCUCGGCUUCAGCCACGCCCGCACAACCAUCCCCAAGUGGUUGCAGCGUGGCUUCAUGGAUCCUCUGGACAAGGUGGAGGCGCUGCUCAUGCUACAGCUGCUCGUGAUGGUCAAGGAUAACGGCUCGGAGGAGAAGGACACGAGCAAGGAUAAGUAAAUAAUGCAUUUGACUGCUGUUUGCGCGUACUCCACUACGCAUAGUGACCGACUACCAUGAGACUCACGAUCGGCGAUUAAUCAAAUUGUUGAUCCACGAUCUUCGCGUUCGUGGGUUCGUACUCAUGACUGCUCAACUAUCUUGUAUCUUACUUCUACCAUUGGUUUGUAUUUCCUUCAGUAAUUCAGCUUUACUCUAGUCCCCCUACACUUAAACAAACUAAUAUAACUAUCUACUCUACGAAAAUGCGAUCGAAGCCACAAUUGAUGGCUACAACCGAAAGUAGAGGUGUCGAACCGACUUCCAAAAAUCAACACUCAGUACGGAAUAAACUCAGCAUAAUCAAUGACUUAGAUCAAGAUCGCGCUAGGAAGUGAAGCUAAAUUAAAUAAAUAGUCAAAUAUCAAACGAAUGCAUUGUGAACGAAUACGCAAUUAGUUUAUGCCGAAAAUUAGCAGCGUUUAUUAUUGAAUAUCUUUUAUUAAUAUAUUGCAAUAUUUGCUUAAAUCAUUCGUUGAAAGUGAAGCGUUUCGUAAGGACGACUUCAUUAAAUAAUGCUGAUAUUUAAACAGUUUAAUAAAUUUCGCAUACGGGAGUUGUAUUCCAGGUCAAUUCGGCCCCUGAAAAUCGAAGUCCGACUGUAUAAACAAAUGUCGAAUUACCUUACCAGCAGAAGGUUCAUAUUUUGGUUUUGUUCUGGGAGGUAUAAGAAUGUUGGACAAUUUACAGUUGAAAAAUGUGUUCCCUUAUAGUUAUGCUUGAUGCAAAUUGGUACAUCAACGCCGAGGGAAGAAAAUAUACAGACAACGUUGACUUUCAUGCAUAAAAAUUACUAACCGACCAAUUAAACCAUUUGAAAGAAUAUUUGGAUACAGCAAAAA